CUUGUCAAAUGUAACCUAUUUUUUCUGUAAAUGUUUAUUUACAAAUAUUCACAAAACGAUCACAACGAAAGUAUAUGAAAAAAAUUAAAUAAAACAAUUACGAUGGAUGAAGAAUAUGAUGAACGUGGAUGGCCAAGUGGUGGCGGUGAUAUGAUGGAUGAUGAAUAUGACGGUCAAGAUGAAUCUAUGGAAAAUCCAGCAGAAGUACUCGAAGAAUGUAUGAAAAAAUUCACUACUCCAGAUUAUAUAAUGGAACCUGGAAUAUUUACACAAUUAAAAAGGUUUUUCCAAGCCGGUGGAAAUCCAGUCCAAGUUAUAGAUCAACUAUCUCAAAAUUAUAGUGCCGUAGCUCAAUUGGCCAAUAUGCUAGCUGAAUGGCUUAUACUUGGAGGAAUAAAAGUGACAGAAGUUCAAGCAAUGGUUGAAAAUCAUUUAAAAGAUAUGAUAUUGAAAACGUUUGAUCCAAAAAAGGCCGACACUAUUUUUACUGAAGAAGGAGAAACUCCAGCUUGGUUAACUGAAAUGAUAGAACAUCCAACUUGGAGAUCUUUAAUAUACAGACUUGCUGAAGAAUAUCCCGAUUGUCUUAUGUUAAAUUUUACAAUCAAGUUGAUAUCGGAUGCAGGAUUUCAAGGUGAAAUAACAAGUAUAUCAACUGCAGCACAACAAAUUGAAGUAUUUUCACGAGUAUUAAAAACUGCAAUUACAGGAUUUCUAGAAAAUAAAGAAGAUUGGCAAAAUAGUAUACAAGAAUGUGCGAAAAUGGUUUGUCAUGGGCAGCAUACUUACGUCUACAGUCAAGUAUUAAUUCAAGUUUUAGCACGUGAAGCGAAAGGUGGUUGCAGCAUGAAAAGAUUAUCACAGGAAAUAACUCGUUGUGCUCUAUCAAAUCAUCACGAUGUUACACCAAUUACCAUGGCUUUGAACGGAGCAGCAGCUUUUCCACAAGCUUGUGGUGCUUUAACGUCAAUGUUAUCACGAAAUACUUUAAACCCAGCAGACAUUUCAGUCUUGUUUAGAAAUUAUUCUGGCAUGGAUCCUCCACCAAUUGAUUUAAUUCGAACACCACAAUUUUUAGAAUUAUUGGUGGAUGCAUUAUUUAAACCGGGAAUAAAAUUAAAUCCAGAACAUAAACCAAAAUAUAUUUAUUUGCUAGCAUAUGCUGCAAGUGUGUGUGAAACACCACCUAAAAAGAAUCAAAAACGAACAGUUAAUAAGGAUGAAUUAAAGUCAACAAUCCAAGCAGUUGAAAUUGUUCACACAUUAUGUAAUGUGAAUAAAGGUUCAUCGGAACUGAUGGCAGAUUUAGGAAAAAUAUACCAAUGUAUAAGGUUUCCAGUAGUAUCGGUUGGUAUUGUUAAAUGGGUGGAAUGUACUGUAACUGAACCAAGUUAUUUUAAAUUGUCAACUGAACAUUGUCCAAUUCAUUUAGCACUCUUGGAUGAAGUAGUUACAUGCCAUACAUUAUUACAUAAUAAAGUUCUAGAACUGUUGGUACGAUUAUUUGAGUCAAAACAAGAUGAAUUAGAAAUUUUAGUGCAGUUGGAAAUGCGGAAAAUGGUUCUAGAUCGGAUGGUCAAUUUGUUGUGUUCAGGAUGUGUGGUUCCAGUUGUAAAAUAUAUAAAACAAUGUUGGCAAAAGGGUGAUACAGAUAUAUCAUUAAUUAGAUACUUUGUAACAGAAGUUUUAGAAGCUGUUGGACCACCUUAUAGCUCUGAAUUUGUUAAUUUAUUUAUGCCAUUAGUUGAGAAUGAAGAAAUUACUGGUACUAUGCGUGGAGACGGUGAAAAUGAUCCUGUAUCUGAAUUUAUAGUAUACUGCAAAGGAAAUUACAUGAUUGUUUAAAUUUUUUAUGGUUCUUAUUCAAAAAUUAGUAUAAAGUUUACUGAAGACAUACUUCUACAGCAAAGAUAGGCGAUAAUGAAAAAUUAAACAAUGGAAUUCAAGAGAAAGAUUUUCAAAGAAGAAAUGUUUAAAAGAAAUUUAACAAAAACUUUGAAUAAUAUUGGAGAAAUAUUAAUAGACAAUAUGAUGCAAAACUAGUAAUAACCGUUCAUUCAACCAUACUGGUAACUUUUUGCAAAUUAAGUGACGAACCUUUAUGUAUCAACGUGCCAUUUUUCUAAAGAAAUGUUUAAUGAGGCCAUAAACAUGCCAC